GGGAGAGAGAGAGAUCGAGAGGGAGGACGAAGAUGGAGAAGGAAGAAACGGUGAAACUGAUAAGCGCAGAGGGAUUCGAGUUCAUCAUUGACAGAGAGGCCGCCAUGGUUUCUCAGACCAUUCGUAACAUGCUUACUUCUCCAGGUGGUUUCGCCGAGUCACAGCUUGGAGUGGUGACUUUCCCUGAUAUAAGCACCACCAUUCUUGAGAAGAUAUGCCAGUACUUCUAUUGGUCUCUUCAAUACUCCAGAGGCAAAGUUUCCGAGUUCCACAUCGAACCUGAAUUAACUCUGGAGCUGAUGAUGGCGGCUAACUAUCUCCAUACUUGAAGAUAUCGAAGGUAAGGCCCUUAGUUUUUUUUCUCUCUGGGUGAUGACAUAGUUUCUUUAGCUUGGACUUUUGAAUGUAAUCCAUGGAGCUUGUUAGACUCAUGUUGCUAUGUAAAGAAACCUGCUUCAGGCUCAAAUUGUGUGUAUUAGGGUUACUGUUCUUUUGCCAUUGACCAUCUCUUUAUAUUCAUAAUGCUUUCUGUUUUCUUACCUAUAUAUCAAGGUUUAACAUU